AUGUCCUCUAUGGCAAUAAGUCCUAACAGACGUUAUGUUGCUCUUGCUGAGAAAACUGAUGAUGGGCCAUGCAUAGUUAUCUAUGAUCUUGCAUCACUUAAGCGGAAAAAGUUUCUUCGAGGCACAGGUCUUCUUGCUGAAGAAUUUGUCAGCAUCUCCUUUUCCCCGGAUUCGUUGUAUCUUGUUGCUCAGAGUGGAGGGCCUGACUGGAUUUUGACGUACUGGCAAUGGGAAAAAGCAAAACGUCUUGCUACAGUUCGCACUUCACAGGGAAAUCCUAUUCAUCAAGUUUCCAUUAGUUUACAUGAUAGCACACAACUCUGUGUUAUUGGCAAAGAUACUUUUCGAACCUACAAGUACAAUGAAGAGGUUAUUAAACCAAUCGGCCAUUGCAAAGUUGACCCUCACAACUUUCUUUGCCACGCCUGGAUAAAUGAUGAGCGCAUUGCUGUUGGCACUGAAAAAGGCACAUGGAUUUUGAUUAAUAACGGCGAACUUCUUGAAGAACACAACAUUAAUCAAUAUUUACCCAAGGAUACUGAGCAAACUGACGACAAGGAAAGCUCUCUAUCAAGUGAAGUCCCGGGAUUGACACUUGAAGGUGCAACUGCAAUCGCCACUACAUCCAAUUUCGUGUACGUGGCCUGUGGCCCAGGGUUGGUCCAUUGCUACAAAUGCAACCGUAAUGCUGAUAACAAUGAAGAAUAUAAAUCGGGUAGACGUGGAAAGUCGAAUUCAGAAAAUGCUAAUGAUGGCGCAUUCUACUACUUUCGUGUGAAGGAGAUCCGAAUUCCCACUGACCCUAACAUGAGCACAGACACUGGCUUAUCAAGCAACCAACUCAUCACUCAGCUUUGUAUCAAUCCAUCAGAGGAGACGCUGAUUGCGAGCACAGCCUCACAUCAGCUCUACACCUAUGCAUUGUUUACGUCGGAUUUGGGCGCAGAUGUUGGCGUGAGCAGAUGGGAGGAUACGGGCAACAACAAACCACGUAGCACAAAUCAGUCGACCAAGCGUCGGCAGCUGUCGGUAGAUGCCGUGGUAGCAGAGGAGGAGGAAAAUGGCGUCGCAGUGUCGUACUUCCACCCCAUGACGCAGUCCUUUCACGAGGGUAAAAUCGUAGGCCUGGACAUCUGCUCACGCAAACCUCUCAUCUCCACUUGCUCCACUGAUCACACAGUGCGCAUAUGGAACUUUGAGACAAACGAACACUUUACCAUUACCGCUAUUAAUACGGUGCUGGUUGUUUGCAGUAAAUUGGAGCUCUAUAAGGAGUUUGCUGAGGAGGCCUACAGCAUAGCUUUGCAUCCCCUGGGCCACUUUAUUCUCGUGGGCUUCAGUGACAAGUUGCGCCUUAUGAACCUUCUCAUCGACGACAUUCGAACAUUCAAGGAGUUCCCCAUUCGGGGCUGUAAAGAGUGCGCAUUCAGUAACGGUGGACAUCUGUUUGCAGCAGUGCAGGGCAACAAUAUUCAGCUCUACUCUUCUACAAGUUUUGCCCUCAUCAACUCCCUGAAAGCUCACAAUGGGAAAAUUCGUUGUUUGCUGUGGAGCGCAGACGACAAUAAGCUCAUCUCCUGUGGUAUGGAUGGUGCAGUCUACGAGUGGGAUCCCUACGCCGGCAAGUCUUUUACUUUUUACUUUCAUUCUUUUGUCCGUCGUUACUGA